GUGGCUUAGAGCACGGCGAGCAUUACACAAUCUGGCACUUCUUGUGUGGGGUUACUAUUGGCUCGGGGAUAAUGCUGGCAACGAAAGAAGCCAUGUCGGAGUUGUGCCAGGAUAACUAAAGCCAAGACAAGAAGGGAAAAGUAAAAAAACAAAAGUCUGAUAAAGGGUUAAUGUACUUCCCCGCAAGGAAAAUGAAUAAAGCAGCAACAGGCAUGCUGGAUCUGAGCUUUCUAGAGGAGGAGGAAGCCAGAAAGAUCCUGGAGGUGAUGAAUAGGGACGAGGAACUGAGGAGAGGAGAGAAAGAGCGUGUCAGCAAACUUCAGCAUGCCAAGAGGGACCAAAAAUGGUUACAUGGAGUGACAGGGGAAUGGUUCGAAGAAAUCCAGAGAAAAAAGUUUAAGAAUGACCCAGACGUGAGGAGCUUAGUGCAACAGCCUCUGACCUUUCGGCUGAAGAAAAAGAAACCUAGAGGAGCACUGUUAACACCAAGGAAACUGAAUAUGACUGAAGGUCAAACCCUCAUUACUGUAGGGAGAGAGAUUUCACUUCCAGCAGAUAAGUGUUUUUCAUAGUAAUAGUUCUCAAAUUGAAUAAGUCACAUCUGGGCUUUGAAAGACUCCAGAUUCAGUGAAUACAUUAAAAAAACAAAAGAACGCUCUUUGGUUAAAUCGACUUCAAUGAUUAUGCUAGUGCUAAAGCAGUACCUAUUGUAUUUUAGUAGACAUGUGCAUGACGAAAAAAUUUGGUUCGGAUCGAUUCGGAAUUUUUCGAAGUUCGGUUCGGAUCGAUUCGAAUUCGGAAAAUUUUGAAUCAAUUUGUUUUGGAUUCGAAGAAAUUCGGCUGGAUUCGGUUCGAUUCGGUUCGGAAAUUCAGAAUUUCGGUAAGUGUUAGGUGGGAUUAGACUAGUAUUAUGUACUGUAUAUUAGGUGUAACCCAUAGCAGAGUGAUAUAACCUAAUAUACUGUACAAUACUAGUGUAAUCCAUGGCCAUCCGAAUUUACUGAAUAAAUCCGAAGUAAUUUGGAUUUAUUCGCGAAAUUCGGCAGUAUUUUAAUUCGGAAAUUCGGUUCGAUCCGAAUUGCCGAAUUUUCCGAAUUUCCGAAUAGAACCGAACCGAAUUGCACAUAUCUAUAUUUUAGUACCUUCAUGUGCACAGGAUGCCCAUCUAUGUUGCAACCUCAUCUUCACUACUGGGUAAAAUCGGUUUACUGCUCCUGCAGGUCGGACACUGCCCAUUUAUUAGCGGUGCCAUGUUCUACAGUGUUAGACAAACUGUAUUAAGUAUGUGUUAAAUAGACCGUUUCUGAAGUUCUUCACGCUGCACUGUGAAAACAUAGCAUUGCCAUUACUUUUAUUUGCACUUGGUUGUAAGUGCUCUGUAGUUACAUUAGUAGUAUUAGUUAGUGCAUUCUAUUACAUCACUAUUAUAUAGGGUAAAUGCCAUACAUUUUACAAAAUGCACAAAGUACUGCUUGUUGUACCAGUCUUGCAUUUUCAUGCCAGUUGGAAAUAGGUUAUAGUGUUUGCUUAUGAUUGGACGCUCCAAUGGAGAAAAAAAAAACAGGUACUUAUUUUUAUUUAUAGAACCACUCAAUGCAGUAGAUUUGCAUAAUAAAAAGACAACGCAAUAACACCUACUCUGAAUUUCAAAUAAGCAAUAGAAUUUUGUUUCGGACAAAUUUAUUAUUUCGCCCAUUUUCAUGUGACAGACGUCAGCCAAUCACAGACUAGUAUACGUAUAUUCAGGGAGCUUGUGCACAUGCUCAGUAGGAUCUUGUUCCCCGGAAAGUGUGAAUAUAAAGGCUGUGCAAAAUUUGACAAUGGAAGUAAAUUGGAAAGUGUCUUAUGACUCGAGUGUCCCUUUAAUUUGUCAGAAACAGUUCUUGUUGCCAUAACUUAUAUAAAAUGAUUCACUUACACAUGACAUUAGAAAGGGGUUUGAAGAGAUUUGAGACCAAUGUAUGUGCCCAUUAUUAGAUUUGUAUUUGUCAGUUUUUAUUGUUGGAUUUAAUGUAUUUGUAUUUGGUUGUGCACUGACCAUUACCUGUUAUGUCUUAGAUUCUGAGGACUCUAGAAUGUCUCGAUCGAGAAAUGUACAACCCCAGAAGAGCUCAGUGACUGGAACUUCUCUCCUUGGACUCCGAUCUCCAUUCGCCUCAUUGUUUUCCUUUAGAAAAUCGAUAAAGCAGAGUUCAAAGCCACAGCCAGAAAGACAUGGCAUCUUUUCUACAAAUAAUGAAAUACCUAGCAAUACCGAAGAAAAGAAAAAGUUUGGUAUAUACCAGUCCAGCAGAGUGAAGCAGCUCGUAAGUCUUUUUGAACCUCGCCAGAAAAAGGAGGAUGAAUCGGGGCCUGCAAACGCUCAACUGCAAAAAGAGGUCUAUCAGGUUUUAGGAGACUUGGACCAAAAACUUGCCCAAGAACAUGGUCAGCAACUCAGAACCAUCAGAAGGACUGCAAACUACAUACCUGGAAGUCAUGAUGAGAACAAAGCCUCCUUCAACAAAAUACCAGAAGCCAGAAAAGGACACACCAGAAAUUCUUAUUCACAGGAUGAAUACAGAACGGUACCACUUGAAGGAACACAUAAAACACAUGCCACCUACCAGCCAAGAAAGUUUUAUGAUAUGUAUUUUAACAGACAUCGCACAACCUCAAAACAGCAAAAAAAUGAGUUUGAAAAAAGCCCUUCCUGGUGUUCAGCACUUGGAAGCAAAUCAAUAUCACCCAGCACUGCAACCAGUUCUGGAUCAUUUUCAUCAAGCAGUUUACAGUAUCCUUCGCUGGGACGGCAAAAUGAUUUCAGUUUUGAAAGGACUAACCAGCAAAUGCCAAAGAGAACACCCAUAUCCUCUAUCAAAUGGGAGAAUCAAUCUUCUGCUGGAAAUAUUGACAAUCACAACAAACCUUUUAGGACACAGUCUGCCAUGGACCUUACUAAAUUGGACAGCUCUUCUCAGCAAAACAGGAUGUACAGCUUGUACAAGAAUAAAAAUAGCUACAUAGAUUCUGGGUCUAACACUAAUGACUAUCAUAGGACUAAUUAUAAAAAUGAUAGUUUCCUUAAGAACUCCAUUCAUAACGCAUUCCGUUCUAGCAAAUCCCACUCUUUUGAUCUUACUGAUGAUGGAUAUUCUCCAUCAUUUAAUGAAGAAAACAAAGAAAAUACAUUAACAAAAAUGGAGAGUUCAUUUGGUUUUUCUAGUAAUAAAUAUUACCAACAAGUGGAACCCAUGGAAAUCAGUGGUGAGAUUGAGCAUCAAGUUCCUUUGAUCCAAAAUGCAUCUAAUCACAAUACUAAUACUGCAUUAACAAAAAACUUUGAAAAAGGAAGCGUUCCCUGCUUUCAAAUACAAUCUGAAAAUAAUAAUGUAACUGCAAACUCAUCCGAAAAACAAAGAAAUGCUGAUAAUACAACAGACAGAAAUCAAGAUUCUCUUAUGCAAAACACUCUUAGCUCAGUACACUUAAAUUUCUCCUGUGAAACCAAAAACAUUGACAAGCCUAUGCAAGUUGACUUUGCACUGAAGGAUCAGUCAAAGUUUGAGAUUGACAGAGCUGAUGUUCCUAAUGUUUGUUUUCAAUCUACAGAUUUUGUGCCUAAUUUGUCAAGUUUAAACCAUACACAGCAAAAUGCAUCUUCUUCUAGAUCAAUACACAUUAAGAACGAUUUGCCAUCUCAUGCAUCUGAAAAAUCACAACAGACUGACAACUCAAAUAAGGAUGGAGACACGUUAUUUUCUAGAUCAAAACCAAAAGUUUAUGACUUCAAAAACUCUUUUAAUACUAAAACAUCUCAUGGAUUACAAAGCAGCAGCAUACCAGAUAAUCAAGGACAGUUUGUCUGCUCAAAUAUCAGAGAUAAAAAAACAAAAGCAAACAAGAUGCUAUGUUCCGAUAUGCUGAGGGAUCAAAGCAACACUUCAUCAUCGCUUCCAGAUUUAAGCAACUUGAGGAUUUUUGCAACAAACAAAAGAAAAGUGAAAAACUAUACAGAGAAAAAUGGCUCCACUGUUACGCAGGGACACAUAUUAUCUACAGCAAUUGAAAAGCAAAAUGACAAUAAAACAUUAUCGAUCUAUCCUGUCCAUGCUACUUAUGGUGUAGACAACCUGAACACGCCAUUUGAUGUUUCUUAUAAUGUCACCAACCAUAAGGAACUUGAAAUGCAUUUUGAAAAAACUAUUGAAUCAAAAGAAAUAGUUCCCUUUUCAGAUGGCACAAUGGAUAUUGACACAAACACACCAAAACAUUUAAUUGAAGAUAAUCCCAAGGACUGUGAUAUGGGAGUGCUAAACAAUCAUAUGUAUAAUUUAACAACGACUAUAGAUUAUACAAAUAACAACAGACAGUCAAUAACAUUACUUGAAACCUCUCAUGAACAGUGUAAAGAUUAUUAUGUGGCAAUAACUGAUACUAUACAAAGCCUUCGAGUAAGUGUCAAUCCCUCAGUGACAGAGACUGCAAAUGAUCUUGAAUGUUCAUACAUUGCUCAUGCAAAGCCCUUAGUGGAAAAUCAUUCUAAGCCAACGACUCAUGAGAAAAAAAGUCAAAUUAAGCAAAGUCUAUAUGAUCAUUUAGAUACUGACAUAACUUACCAAUCAGAUCUGAGCAUUCCUUUUCAAAAGGGUUCUGGUUUAAUCACCAGUAGAGAAAACAAUGAGGAGGAACAUUCUCACAUAAAGCCUUUGAAUGAAAAUGAUUUUAAAUCUGAUUUUGUUAAUAGUCCAUUUCAAAUCUCAAAUUAUGUUAUGCCUAAAACAUGUAUUGUACCAUUGUCUACUGGAGAGAAGCAGGACACAACUGAUUGUCCAUCAGAACCAUAUGUUAACCAAAAUUUGAUUCUUGAUGUGCAUAAAUAUACACAUACUAUGAGUUCUGGAUCUGUGGAUUCAUCUGCAACCACCAGAUUGUCUACAGCACCUGUUGCAAAACUAGUAGAAGAACAUUUCCAAACUCAUUCUUCAAAUCAAUCAGCAAUUCCAAGUAGUAAACCAAAUAAAUCCAUUAAUUUACUAAAAGAGCACUUACUUUUGGCACCAGAACCAUAUAAGACCUAUACUAGCAUUAAAAACAUUAUAGAACCACAGUGGAAUGUCCCUGAAAGUUUUAAGGAAGAAGUUCAAAGUGUUGAUAAACCUGACUCGCCAAUAUCCAAGGUUUUAAAUGUUGCAGAGGAGCAUAACACUGAGAAUAAAACUGUGCAAAGUCACAACAUGCAUCACUCAACCAUAACAAGGACACACGUUUAUGAGAAAAGUAGCACAAGCUCUAAAAUGCCUGACUCUGAUACAAUAGAAUAUCAUAAGUUUGUUUCAAUUUAUUGCAGCCUUCCCCGCAAAUAUUCAAAACCUCCCAUAGCGUUUUCAGAAAAUAAUAUGAGAAACAUUGAUAUGACUCUUGAAAACAGCAAAGCACCUAGUGCGCUUCUGGAAAAGAACAGAUCUAUGGAAUAUAAAGAGAACAUAUUAAAAACAUUAUCACCGCAAACACCUGAAACUGUAACCAAAAAUGAAUUCAUUUCAGAAAGUACAGCUCAUGCAAAAUCUCGCAGUUCUUCAUUUCCUAUCACUUCUCUUCAAACUAAUCUAUCAAAAAAGAGUCAUAGGGUGCUUUCAAAUGAAGAUAUUAUUUCUCCAGUUAAUGAUCUUGUGGAUAUGUUUGGUUCUUUAAAAAUAGCUGAAAGAAAAUCAUCUUAUAAUCAGACUUUCACUGAUCUUAACACUCAGAAAAAUUACACCAAUGAAGACAGAUAUACUGGUUACAAUAAUUACAAUGAUCUUGAAUCUCCUGCUAAGCACAAGUUGAAUUUUUAUUGUACGUUGCCAAAUAGAAAGUCCAAUUUAAAGUAUUAUGGGAAAAGUCCUCCUGAGAGAGAUGUUACCAAUGCCUAUGAAAGACCUAUUUACUCACCUCCAGGAAAUGUUAAUUUUAUAUCCCAAGGAUCAAAAAAGUUAUCACCAUCUAAAUCAUUUGGAAAUGAUAAUCUCAGCAAUUCACCUAUUUAUGACUUGACGUCGCCAAAAUUUACACCAUAUGGAAAUGAUACUCUUAGAAAUUCACCUAUAUAUGAUUUUAUGCAUUCAAAAUUACCUCCAUCUAAACCAUUUGAAAAUGAUAAUCUCAGCAAUUCACCUAGUUAUGAGUUUCCAUCACCAAAAUUCCCGCAAUCUAAAACAUUUGGAAAUAAUAAUCUCAGCAAUUCACCUAGUUAUGAUUUCCCAUCACCAAAAUUCCCGCAAGCCAAACAAUUUGGAAAUAAUAAUCCCAGCAAUUCGCCUAGUUUUGAUUUUACAUCUUCAAAAUUCCCUGCAUCUAAACCAUUUGGAAAUGAUAAUCUUAGUAAUUCUCCUAGUUUUGAUUUUACAUCACCAACUUUUUUUGAAAAUGAAGAUGAACCAAAUAGCAUAAAUAGCUUUAUUAUGAGAGACACUACACUGUUAAGACAACACUCUAAUGAUGGCAGUACGAUACCUUUGCAAAAAUGUAUUCCCCACUCCAAAAGUUUUAAAGAUUUCAGUUCCCAUGGGCAGUACAAUAAUAUAGAUUAUCUUGUCUCACCAUACAACAACUACAGCUUGGAACCACUUGUUCACAACCAGUCAAAUGUAACUAAAGUCAAUGAAAUGUUAAACAGAACUAAGCCUUCUGUGUUUUCUAAAUAUAAUCAGAAUGAUAUUAAUACUCAGAGAAACGCCAGACAAUACACAUUUUCUUUUGACAACUCAAAUCAACGGGAAUUCAAUAGCUUGCGUAGGAAAUCAUCUAGAUGUUCCCCUAAAAUGUCAGAUGACCCUGACUCUCCACCAAUGUACUAUUCAACAAAUCCAAGCCAUUCUAAUCCCUUAGACAAGUCGUUCUAUGGAUGUGGUAGUCCUGUCGGCUAUUCUGAGCCCACAGGUUCACCAUUGUACCGUUCAAAGAGCUUAAAAGUUUUGAAUUUUGAAGAAAAGCAAGACUGUAUGGAUUUCAGGUGCAAGAAUGACCAGCAAUUCUCUUCAAAGAGCUAUGGAGGAAAGUUAAGCACUAGAAGUCCUUCAUCAUGUAAAGGCUCCAGUAAUACAAAUUAUAGCAGGAGAUUUUCAUCAGAGAAUAUUAUAGAUGAAAAUGAAAACUGGCCAAGUACUGAAACAAGCAAGAAACCAGUCUAUACGUCUAAAUCUCUUGAUUAUGGUAUUUUUGGAAAAGAGCAACAGGAAGCAUUUUUAAAAAACAUCAAAAGAACUCUCACAGAAGGUAGACUAUGGAGGCCAAGCUUUCUUAAAUACCCUGGUGUUCUAAGAAAUGAAGACAAUCUUUCUUCUGGUGAUUGCCAGGUUAUAAACAGCAGUUCUCAACUGUCUAUGUUACAAGAACCAACCUCAAAGAUGCCACUUAAUAUUUACAAUGAUAGAAACACUAUUUGUUCGGACUCCGACAAUGAUACAACUACAGACGAUGAAUAUUACUUGGAUGAAAAUGACAAAGAAUCUGAACUGUGAGAACAAACGGUGCUGUAAUCACAUAGUAUUUAUUGUUAAUUCUUCUGGUUAACAAAUAAUGUUUUCUUUCAAUAUUCAGAAACUUGUAUUGCAACCAAACCAUGAACAGCACCGUCUAAUUACUUUUGUAAUACCAGUCUGUUUACAUGCAACUUAAAAUGCAGUAUAAGAUUAUAUACUACAAAGAGAUAUAUAUGUUUGCAUUUUCAAAGGUGACAGUACCAAAGUGGCACCAUUUUCAUUUUUCCUUCAAAACGGAUAUGGAGAGUAACAUAACUUAAAGAGUAAGAGCAAUCCGGGGUAUGUGCCAAUUCCUUGUACAAUAAGUGAGGUUUUCAUUACUAAUUUUGUAAUAUACCUAAUUUCACAGUACAAAAGUGAUACUUGAAGAUAUAACAAAAUAGUGAUACAGCUUAGGACUAUAAAAAGAGCAAGUUGUAUUUAUGUAGAUCAGACAUGGCUCCUACUGACACAUCUGUAAGAAUGGACUUGCUAUUUUGUCACGUUGUAGUUUAGUUUCAGGAGAGGUACAUGGAUAUUGUUUAAAGUGACAGUUUACUCCAAAAAAAAAAUAUCCCCUUUAAUUUGUUCCCAAUGAUCCACUUUACCUGUUGGAGUGUGUAAGUAUUUCCUUUACCCUUUUAUUGGCAUUUGAAAUAGUUGUUUUAGCAUGUGGAAUCCCCACCUAAAGUUUCUGACCUUAGGUCCAAGCUAUAGAUUAAAUGUGUAAACACAGCCAGCAGAAGAAAUUACACUCCCAAGUGGAGUAUAGAAGAGAUAAGGUUAUAAAUUGUUAAUUUUCCAUUGUUCUCGCCAAGCAUUGGAGAGCCCUGCAGGCUCGCCAGAAACAGUAGUUAUGAGGCAGCGGUCACAAAGAGAACGAUCGGGUUGAUUGACACCCCGCUGCUGGUGGCCCAUUGGCCGCGAGUCUGCAGGGGGCGGCGUUGCACCAGCAGCUCUUGUGAGCUGCUGGUGCAAUGCUGAAUACGGCGAGCGUAUUGCUCGCCGUAUUCUGCGAGGUCUAGUGGACCUGAUCCGCACUGUCGGUUCAGGUCCGCCAGACUUUCUUAAAUAGGGGCCUUUGCCUUAUAUGGUGGAACCCACUCAGAGUAUGGUGUUUUGUAGUUAGAUCCCUUGUAAUAUAUUAACCAAAUUCCAUACAGAAAGCAUUUCCAAAACACCAAAAACCCUUGACAGACUGAUCGGAAUGAAAUCAUUAUUCGAAUGCUUUUGUAUUAAGGAAUUUUCUUGUAUGUUACUUAUAGAUAGUGGGGUUUUCUAAUUUAAUCAAUUCUUAAUCUAUGCACUAUUUUCAUUAGUCUCCAUUAGGAUCAUGACAUUUAUAUUUUUUUGGUUUUGUUUUGUAAAUACUUAAUACUGCAGAGAUUCCACAGUUAUAUUUUAUUUUCAAAUGAUAUUUUAAUUUAUUUUCUGGAUUUACUGUAUAGGGCCUAUAACAAUGUAAAUAUCUUUUCUUCCAGAUCUAUAAAUACAUAUAUUGCUAGUUAUCUGGUAUUUGUAUAUUAAAGGCUACUGGCCCCCAAAAAAGCACUUUAUAAAAAUAUUUAUAAAAAUAUUUAUGAACCUUAUUGUCUAUAGAAUCUCUCAACAAGGUGUGUUAAGUCAUUUAAGUGAUGUAAAUGAAUGCACCGUUGUUUGAAUACACCUGUUUAGUAUUAUGAAAUACUUUUUUUUUUUUUUAAAUGUUUUUCUUUGUUUAGGUUCCUAUAAAAUUGUCAUAUUUGUAUUUUAAGAAAACAUUAAAUGUGUAGUAAAAAAUGUCAAACUUAAAUGAUGUGCUUAAUUAUAAGAAAUAGUAUGUACAACUUAUUCAUUUUUAAGAUAGGAUAUUGUUUUUUUAUGAUAUAAUUAAAUGGACAUAAAAAAUUAAAAUAUGCCUGAGUAUAUUUCAGUUUUAAAUAGCAUUAUUGUAACAUACUAAAAUUAGCACAAAUGCUUCUAGUAAAACUAGUAAAAACUUUUCUUUUAGGGGCAUAUGUUUCAUACGUCCUGUGCUCCCAUCUUAAAAAAACACCUAAGCACCUGCUUAGAAAACUGGUCAUUGACUCAGUUUGUGUCAUUCAAACCUUCACCAGCUGAGCAGGUACAGUGCUUAAAGGGACAGACUAGUCAAUAUUAAACUUUCAUGAUUCAGAUAGGACAUGCAGUUUUAAACAACGUUCCAAUUUACUAUUCUCAUCAAAUUUGUUUUGUUCUCUUGGUAUUCUUUGUUGAAAGCAAACCUAGGUAGACUCAAACUGAUUUCUAAACUGUGAAAAACUGCCUCCAACCUCAGUGCAUUUUGACAGUUUUCCACAGUUAGACAGUGCUAGUUCAUUUGUGCAAUAUACUGUAGAUAAACAAAGUGCUCACUCCCGUGGAGUUAUUUAUGAGGCAGUACUGAUUGGCUAAAAUGCAUGUCUGUCAAAAGAACUGAGAGAAGGGGCAGACUGCAGAGGCUUAGAAACAAAGUAAUCACAGAGGUAAAAAGAGUAUUAAAGGAAUAGUCUAGUCAAGAUUAUUUUUUUUUUCAUGAUUCAGAUAGAGCAACAAUUUUAAGCAACUUUCUAAUUUACUCCUAUUAUCAAUUUGGUAUCUUUAUUUGAAUGUAAGCUUAGGAGCCAGGCCAUUUUUUGUUUAGCACCUGAGUAGCGCUUGCUGAUUGGUGUCUACAUUUAGACACCAAUCAGAAAGCUCUACCCAGGCGCUGAACCAAGAAAUGGACCGGCUCCUAAGCUUACAUUCUUGCUUUUUUUUAAUAAAGAUAUCAAAAGAACGAAGAAACUUGAUAGUAGGAGUAAAUUAGAAAGUUGCUUAAAUUACCCGCUCUAUCUGAAAGUUUCAUUUUGACUCUUUAAUAUAACAGUGUUGGUUAUGCAAAACCAGGAAAUGGAUAAUAAAGGGAUUAUCUAUAUUUUUAAACAAUAAAACUUCUGGAGUAGACUGCCCCUUUAAAUGUGCCCUGAACACAUGCAACAUAUGCGCCUGACACCGUAACAUCUUGCUAGAAGCAGAUAACUGUAUCAGUACAUUGCUAAACUGCUUCUAUUCAAAAUCUAAAUGCACUCCGACAUAUUUCAAAGUUGACUAUUAUGUUGCUUUAAUUUCCAUUGCUAAACAUUCUUAACCUAAACAUAUUUUUUACUUUAUUAAUGCAAAAUCAGCUGUUUGAAACAACUUUCAUUAUUUAUUUCUAGCUUUUAUAUAUUUUAGAUCUUAAAGGGAUAUGAAACCCAAAAAAUAUAUUUUGUGAGUUCGACAGAGCAUAGAAUUAAAAAAAAAUGUCCAAUUUACUUCUAUUAUCAAAUGUGCUUCGUUCCCAUGAUAUUCGUUCUGGAAGAGAUGCCUAGCUAGGUGUAUGGAGCACUGCAUGGCUGGAAAUCGCGCUAUUGCAAAUGGAUCACAUUCUUGCAAAACUGCUGCCUUAUGGUGCUCCAGACACGUGCACGCUCCUGAGCUUUCAACCCUGCUUUUCAACAAAAGGUUCCAAUAGAACAAAGAACAUUUGAUAACAGAAGUAAAUUAGAAAGUUGUAAAAAAUGUCAUGCUCUAUCUGAAUCAUGAAACAAUGUUGGGUUUCAUUUCCCUUUAAGGCUAACCCUGCUAAAUAUAUUAUGUACUUUAUACUCCAGCCUGGAUUCGAUCCUCCAAAUAUGGCAGAAUAUAAAACUUUCUAAACAAUUACAAUUUGCCACAAAUUAUUUUUUUUAAUGUGAAAAUGAUGUGGCCGGACUGUUAGCCGACAGACAUUUGGCCGACGGAUAAUAGUCUGACACACAAGUGGCUGUCCGAUAACAGUCCGGCUACGAGUUAGAUAGAUUUGAUAGAUUAGAUAAAUAGAUGCAAUAGAUAGAUAGAUAAAUUCGAUAGAUUCAAUAGAUAGAUAUAUAAAUAGAUAGAUUCGAUAGAUAAUUUCACAGACAGAGAAUUACAAGACGUGCGGUCUGGGACCCAUGGUUGGGUUCCCAGAGGCGGUUGCGGCGCCCGAGGCUUUGAUUAGAACAGAGCACUCCGUAGCGUAUCUGCCCUCAGCUGAACUCGGAACAUGCUUCAGCAUUCUGUCCGUCGGCCAAAUGUCCGUCAGCAUUUUGUCAGAGCACAGAAAAUUAGCAACUGCUUAUUAUAAUAUUUGACAGAAUUACUGGAGGCCCAGUCGCCAGGCCUGGCUUCAUUAAAGUGCUUUCUUUUCUUUUGUGAGGUUUUGCACAAAACAUUCCUGCACCCUACUUCAGGUUCUCAAUGUGGAUUGGGUGAUUCGUUGGAUUGGGUGAUUCGUUUGAAUGCAAUGCAGAGUGUACAGGUGUCCCCCUUUCUGUUUUACUAUUGAAAAAAACACCAGCAAAAUGGAAAUAAUCAAAAUAAGUAACUAAGCUAAAAUAUCAAAUUAUUGUCUCUUUCAAACAAAUAUAUAUAGCAUAAAAAUGGUGAGGAGUAGAAGUCCCUCAUUGUAAAUGGUGAACCUUAAAGGGCCAUUAAACUUCUGGGCACAACUAUAGUAGCAUGGUUACAACUCACCAUGCUAUAAUUUUUUCCUGUAGCUGUAGCUAUUUCUAAAGCUAGUUUGGUAUUUGAACCCCUUUUAUUUUGUCAGUUAGUGAAGCUCCGCAUCUUCACACUGGAUGCCGCCAUCUUGGACCUUAACUAUUCUUGCAACCUGUGACAGAAGAGGUACACAUUCACAGAUCAGUAACAUUGCUGUCUUUUUGACAAGCCAUAUCGUGCACCUUAAUUUAACGUACACAAAGCAGGAGCUGCACAUUUUUGCAGUGGCUGCAUUAUUUUAUAUUUUGUUAUUUUAUGUUUUUAUAUUUGUUAUGUGUGAAAAAAACUGAAAAAAAUGUAAAGCUUCCACUGUCUAAUUUGUGAACUUAACCAAAGUACCGGGUACAGCUAUCAAAAAGCCAGCAACGUCAUUGGUCUAUCUGUACCCACCGCCUCAUUGGUCUAUCUGUACCCACCGCCUCUGUCACAGUGUUCAAGAAUAGGUGGGCUCCAAGAUCGCGGUGCCCAGAAUGAAGAUGUGGUGCUUCACCAAGCAGCAACUGUAAUAGGUUAAAAUAAGAGGCUUUAAAAGAACAGUCUAGUCAAAAUUAAACUUUCAUGAUUCAGAUACAGCAUGCAAUUUAAAACAAAUUUCUAAUUUACUCCUAUUAUCAAUUUUGUCUUCAUUCACUUGGUAGCCCUAGCUGAUUGGCGGCUACAUUUAGACACCAACCAGCAAGCGCUACCCAGGUGCUGAACCAAAAGUGUGCAGGCUCCUAAUCUUACAUUCUUGCUUUUUCAAAUAAAGAUACUAAGCGAACAAAUAAAAAUUGAUAAUAGGAGUAAAUUAGAAAGUUGCCUAAAAUUGCAUGCUCUAUCUGAAUCAUAAGCAUUUAAUAUUGACUAGACUAUCCCUUUUAAGAAUGCUGCACGCACAAGGGCAAAGCAAUAUCAUGGUGAGCAGAAACCGUACUAGCGUAGUAAUGUGUGCCCAUCAGUUUAAAGUCCAAAACAAUGCCUCUAAGGUUACCCUUUAUGAAUCAUGCUAUUGUUUAAUUCAAUACAAAGUCUACAUCUGUGCACACAAUUUUAUAUUUAUAUGUAUGUGUUGUAUGUUUUAUUAUGCACAGUGAUGGAAUGCUUGUUUUGUAUGCAGUGUCAGUUUUUGUCAUAUUUAUAUAGAUGUAUUUUUGUGUAUAUAACAUUAUUCUUGUAUGAACAACAGUGGACUUUUUAUGUGCAAUAAAAUAUUUUAUUUUCCAAAAAAAUAAAAA